AUGUCGGCUUAUUCAGAUUUCGUUGCUGGUUGGCUUGCAGGCUGCGCAAGUCUUUUGGUUGGGCAUCCUCUGGACACGAUAAAAGCACGAUUACAGACGAGUAAUUCGUACCGGGGUAUCACGGACUGCCUAACCAAAACUGUGAAGCACGAAAGGGUAAUCUAUAAUGCAGUAUUUCAUUUUGAUCUGACCAAAUAUAUAAGCUUAGGUGAAAGUUGCACCAAGAGAUUGUACUGGUUUGAAAAACUGAUUGGUGGUUUGUACAAAGGCAUGCUACUACCGUUCGUUUCUGCUGGCUUCUUGCACUCACUCUUAUUCACCGGAUAUGGUGUCACUAUUCGCCUAUUGCAUCCCGAAGAUGUCACUGCCGAUAAACGCAGUGAUUUGCGACCACAUGAGGCAGUAAUUGGCUCCAUUGUUCAACUUAUUCCGUCAGUACCAAUUGAUCAUGUUAAAACUAGGCUGCAGGUACUACGAGACAAAUCUGAACAAAGCAGCAAAAAAUUGAGGAAUUAUGUCGUCCGCCAAAGCCCAUUUCAGUGCGCCUCCAAAAUUUAUCGAAAAGGAGGAAUUAGGGGAUUAUACGAGGUAAUGGCUACGACUCCGAUUCUCUGCAACAAUGUUUUUUUUUUCGUUAAUAAUACCUUAUUAAAAUUUUUGCCGUCUUACUUCAAUGCGCUGCAAUUGAGGGUGAUCAUAGCUGGCGGAUUAGCGGGCAGUAGUAGUUGGCUGUGUAUCUGUCCACUGGAAUAUGUCAAAAAUCAGCUGCAAACGUCGAGCAGUCAGCGGGGUGGUAUGCUUCGAACAGUACUGCUCACUUAUAGGCGCAGUGGUGCCGGUGAAUUUUUCAAAGGUGGACUAACGCUUGCUCUCCGUGGAUUUCCUGUAAAUGCUGUUUUGUUUGUUGUCUAUACAAAGUCGCUCCAAUUUUUGGAGAGUGUUUGA